AUGAUUGUGUUUGCAUGGAAUGUGCGUGGAAUUGCUAAUAGAGCAACUGUUCGAGCUCUUAAGGAAUAUAGGAGAAUGUAUAGACCAGACUGCUUCUUCUUGUUUGAAACCCGAUGUAGUGGAGAAAAGGCAAGGGAGGUUAUCCGAGAGUUGGGGUUCCAAUUUGCUGUGGUGGAAGAUGCGGCGGGGUUUAGCGGAGGUAUAUGGGUUCUUUGGGAAGAUGCCAAUCUGGAUAUAAGAUUAAGGGAAUCCCAUCAUCAGUAUAUCCACCUGAGUGUUGAUAGAGUAGAGUGGGGGAGCUGUCUAUUGACCGCCAUAUAUGCAAGUCCUCAAGAGAGGCACAGAGCUACUUUGUGGAAGAAACUUCAGAAAGGAGGGGAGCGUGAGGGGCAGAACAAGGUGUUCAAGAGACUGGAUAGGGGUCUUGCUAAUAUUGAAUGGAGAACAACCUUUCCUGAUGGCCGCAUCGAAGUUUUGCCUAGAGUGAGGUCUGAUCACCACCCCUUGUUAGCAAGAUUUGUACCAUCUAGAGUAGAUGUUGGUGAGAAACCUUUCAGAUAUGAAACUAUGUGGGAAACUCACCCAAAUUUUAACCAUUAUGUAAAGGAAGCCUGGCCAAAAGAGCAACAACUCCCUGAGGCGCUUAGCACCCUCACCCACCUCUUAAAGGAGUGGAAUAAGAGUGUGUUUGGUGACGUUAAUAGGAGAAAAAGGAGGGUAAUGAGAAGACUUGAAGGCAUUCAACAAGCUAGGGAGUAUGGACGUAUUCCGUUUUUCGAUAAAUUGGAAAAAGAGCUUACGGAAGAGCUAGAACUAAUUCUUGAACAAGAAGAAGUGAUGUGGCAGCAAAGAUCUAGACAAAAGUGGAUAACUGAUCGGGAUAGGAACACACGGUUUUACCAUUUGAAGACCGUUCAAAGAAGGAGGAAGAAUAGGAUAUGUAAAUUGAAAGGAGAGGAUGGAAGAUGGUGCGAAGAUAUGGAGGAUCUGAAGCAUAAGGCCAUCUCGUAUUUCAAAAGAAUUUACAACAAAGAUUGGAUGGAGGAGCCGAUUAAAAUCACAGGUGGAACUUACCCUCCGAUCCAUGAGGAUGAUGUAAGAAGGUUGAGUGCACCCCUUUCAAAUGAAGAAAUAAAGGCAGCUCUUUUCAACAUUGGAUCUUUGAAAGCCCCGGGAGAGGACGGUUAUCCAGCACACUUCUUUAAAGAACAGUGGAAAGUGAUAAGAGAGUCCUUUAUGGAAUUCAUACAAAAGUUGUGGCAGGAUCCUAGCUCUGUCAAACUUGUUAAUCAAACACUAAUAGUUCUCAUCCCAAAGAUUCAGCAACCAGAAUAUUUGAAACAAUUUCGGCCUAUAGCACUAUGUAAUGUGGUGUAUAAGUGCUUAUCAAAGAUAGUAGUCAAUCGAAUAAAACCAACAUUGGUCAAUAGAAUAGCACCAUUUCAGUCCAGUUUUGUUCAAGGGAGACUCAUUUAG